AUGAAUUUAGGCAAGGAAGUGGGUGAAAGCAGUGACGGGUUUUCUGAAAAAAGCGAAAACCGAGAGGUGGUUUUUGCCGCUGAUGCACCUGCAGAUCAUUCAAAACGUAAACGUUAUUUAACUGCAAAGUACGAUAGGAGGACUCGUCAGAAAAUUAGCGAAAAAAUUCGGCUUGAAAAUUUUGUUUUCGAACACCUUCGUACUCUUUAUUGCACAGAGGUCGAUGACUACGAUUGUGAUAUCGAUUUGGAUGAAAUAAGUGAUCUUAAGACAAAUGAUGAGAAAGUGCAAACUUUGAAAGAAAAGCUAAAGUCCUGUCCGGCUAAACAGGAGCAAAUCGAUGAAUUUAUACAAAACCUUUUACGGAGAUUGAAGUAA